ACCAUCUACUGGUCUAGUGCUUACUGCCGCCGCCCGGUCACACUGGCCAUUAUGCAUGCACUCAGGUUUUCAGCCGGCAAUGGAAUAGGGAAUGCAAUCGGAGGAGGGCUCAGAGGAGCACUGCGGUGCCACGGACGCCGCCUCAGCUACGUGCUGGGCAUCGAGACCUCAUGCGAUGACACGGGCAUCGCCAUUGUGGACACGGCCGGCCGGGUGAGGGCAAAUGUUCUGGAGUCCCAACAGGAGUUCCACACUCGAUACGGCGGCAUCAUCCCACCAAGGGCCCAGGACCUGCACCGCGCCAGAAUCGAGUCCACCUACCAGCGCUGUCUGGCGGAGGCCCAACUGCAGCCGGAGGAGCUGGCGGCCAUCGCGGUGACCACGCGGCCCGGACUGCCAAUGAGCCUUCUGGUGGGCCUGCGCUUUGCUCGCCACCUAACGCGUCGCCUGCAGAAGCCCCUACUCCCUGUUCACCACAUGGAGGCGCACGCUCUGCAGGCCCGCAUGGAGCACCCGAAGGAAAUCCGCUUCCCGUUCCUCUGCCUGUUAGCCAGCGGCGGCCACUGCCAGCUAGCGGUGGUUCACGGCCCCGGCAGACUGGCGCUCCUCGGCCAGACACUGGACGACGCGCCCGGAGAAGCCUUCGACAAGAUCGGGCGGCGCCUGCGCCUGCACAUCCUACCCGAGUACCGACUGUGGAACGGUGGGCGGGCCAUCGAGCACGCCGCCCUGCUAGCCAGCAAUCCGCUGGCCUACGAGUUCCCCCUACCGCUAGCACAGCAGCGCAACUGCAACUUCAGCUUCGCCGGCAUCAAGAACAACUCCUUCCGCGCUAUCAAAACGCGGGAGCGGGAAGAGCUAACACCUCCGGACGGAGUCAUCAGCAACUACGGCGACUUCUGCGCCGGCCUGCUGCGCGCCGUCAGCCGGCAUUUGAUGCACCGCACCCAACGGGCGAUCGAGUACUGCCUGCUGCCGAACGUUCGACUUUUUGGCGACGCCCCGCCCACGCUUAUCAUGUCCGGCGGGGUGGCCAAUAACGACGUCAUCUACGCCAAUAUCGCGCACCUGGCCGCCCAGUACGGAUGUAGGAGCUUCCGGCCGUCCAAGCGCUACUGCUCGGACAACGGUGUGAUGAUCGCCUGGCACGGCGUAGAGCAGCUCAUGCAGGACAAGGAGGGCAGUCUGCGCUUCGACUACGACCACAUCGACAUCCAGGGUACGGCGGGCUUCGCCGAAUCCCACGAGGAGGCAGUGGCCGCGGCGGCCAUCAAGUGCAAAUGGAUACAGCCUCUGGGCUGACGGUCCGCAUUAGUUUCUCUUUUUGCCUUACACUUCCCGAUAAGUUAGAGUAAGGUGCUUUAAAUAAGUUUAAUGUUGUUAUGUGAGGGAAACUAAAUCCUUUGAAUUAUAGGCUAUUUUCGUAAAAUUCCAA